AUGGAUUUCGGGUCCUUGGAGACCGUGGUGGCCAACUCUGCCUUCAUUGCCGCCCGGGGCAGCUUUGACGGAAGCAGCACACCGUCUUCCCGAGACAAGAAGUAUCUGGCCAAGCUCCGGUUGCCCCCACUGUCCAAGUGCGAGGGUCUCCGUGACAACCUCAGCCUAGAGUUUGACAGCCUGUGCUCAGAGCAACCCAUCGGCAAGAGGCUCUUCCAACAGUUCUUGAAGACAGACGAGAGGCAUGUGCCAGCUCUGGAGCUCUGGAAGGACAUUGAGGACUAUGACACUGCCGAUGAUGACCUGCGGCCACAGAAGGCACAGGCCAUCCUGGCUGAGUACCUGGACCCGCAGGGCACACUGUUCUGCAACUUUCUGGACCAGGGCAUGGUGGCAAGGGUGAAGGAAGGGCCAACGGGGAGCCAGGAUGGCCUCUUCCAGCCUCUGCUUCAGGCCACAAUGGAGCACUUGAGCCAGGCGCCCUUCCAGGGGUACCUAGAAAGCCUGUAUUUCCUACGGUUUCUUCAGUGGAAGUGGUUGGAAGCCCAGCCCAUAGGUGAAGACUGGUUCUUGGACUUCAGGAUCCUGGGAAAGGGGGGUUUCGGGGAAGUGUCUGCCUGCCAGAUGAAGGCGACUGGCAAGAUGUAUGCCUGCAAGAAGCUCAACAAGAAACGGCUGAAGAAGAGGAAGGGCUACCAGGGUGCCAUUGUGGAGAAGAGGAUUCUGACUAAAGUGCACAGCAGGUUCAUUGUGUCUCUGGCCUAUGCGUUCGAGACCAAGACGGACCUCUGUCUGGUGAUGACCAUCAUGAAUGGAGGUGAUGUAAGGUACCACAUCUACAAUGUGGAUGAGGAGAACCCCGGCUUCUCAGAACCACGGGCUGUCUACUACACAGCACAGAUCAUCAGUGGCCUAGAGCACCUGCAUCAGAGACGCAUUGUCUACCGGGACCUCAAGCCAGAGAAUGUGCUGUUGGACAAUGAUGGCAACAUCCGAAUUUCUGACCUCGGACUGGCUGUGGAGCUGAAGGAAGGGCAGAAUAAGACCAAGGGCUAUGCAGGGACCCCAGGUUUCAUGGCCCCUGAGCUCCUGCGCGGUGAAGAAUACGACUUCUCUGUGGACUACUUUGCCCUGGGGGUCACACUGUAUGAGAUGAUCGCAGCCAGAGGACCCUUCCGAGCCCGAGGAGAGAAGGUAGAGAACAAGGAGCUUAAGCAACGCAUCAUCUCAGAGCCUGUGAAGUACCCAGAGAAGUUCAGCCAGGCCAGCAAGGACUUCUGUGAGCAGCUGUUGGAGAAGGACCCGGAGAAGCGCCUGGGCUUCCGGGAUGGAACCUGUGAUGCGCUGCGGGCAAACAUCCUCUUCAAAGAUAUCAGCUGGAGGCAGCUCGAAGCCGGGAUGCUCAUUCCUCCAUUCAUCCCAGACUCUAAGACUGUCUAUGCCAAGGACAUUCAGGACGUGGGUGCCUUUUCCACAGUCAAGGGUGUGGUUUUUGACAAAGCGGACACAGAGUUCUUCCAAGAAUUCGCCACUGGCAACUGCUCCAUUCCCUGGCAGGAGGAGAUGAUCGAGACUGGGCUCUUUGGGGACCUAAACGUGUGGCGCGCAGAUGGUCAAAUGCCGGAUGACAUGAAGGGCAUCACUGUGGAGGAGGCAGCCCCUACGGCUAAGUCAGGGAUGUGUCUCAUCUCCUAG